GGCAGAAUGGUUCAGGUAGGACUCCACCUGGAGAAGUUGGAAUUAUUCUUCCUGACCCACUGAUGCUUCGCAGAUAGAAGCAGAAUUGGCAACGUAUUGUGUAUCUCAGCGGGUGAAUUGAUCCAAGCUGAAAUAUUUUCCAUCCUUUCAAUCUCACACAAAAAAGGUAUCAUAACUCAUGAUAUGAGUAAUACAUCUGUUACAAGCUGCAGUCGUUAGACUUUUUACGGCUUCCAUUACUCUCAGAGAGCCAGCUGAAUUCUGCAAGGCUUUGAAGCAGAAUGGUUCAGUUAGGACUAAGACCAGGAGAAGUUGGAACUUGCAGAGCUAGCAAACCAGUCUUCGCGCCACCACCAACUCCACGCAGCUCUUCACUGGCAGAGCAAGUAAACUACUCCCCCAAAAAGCCUGGGAAUCUGGCUUCAUUGGCUUGCCGCUAUAUAUUUCAUCAAAUCCAGCAUGCUCCAACGCAGCAGAAUCCAGGGCAUUCACCAUCUCAGCAGUCAGCUCGAUCACCCGAUCGCUCAGAGAGAAAACACUUCCGGGAUUCCGUGACGCAAGCAAGCAUGCCGCGCCACCUCGCGCUGCGCCUGCACGCGAUCGCCGCCGCGCUGCCGGCGUCGUCCGGCGGCCACGGCCACCCCGGCGCCGCGGUGGCGGCAGUGGCGGCGUUCCUGGCGCUGUGCGCGCUGGCGCUGGCUCUAUGCGCGUCGCACUCCGCGCCGGGGCCGGGGCGGCUGCGGCGCGCGCUGGCCAGCGUGAGCCGGCGGCGGACGGAGCCCGUGAUCGCGGCGGUGCACCAGGUGCAGCCCGGCGGCGGGGAGGCGUCGCCGUGCGUGUGGCAGAGGGGCAUCCUCAUGGGCGGCAAGUGCCAGCUCCCCGACUUCUCCGGCGUCAUCAACUACGACCCCGCCGGCAACCUCGUCGCGCCCGCCCGCCCCGGCCGCGCCGUGCCGGCGCUCGGCUGGUGAGGGCCUGAGGGGCAGAGGGCGGUGGCGGCCAACGUGAGACGACGCCUAAACAUAACAGAGGGUUUGGUCGAGCGGUGUUGGACCAUUGUUAGUUCAUGAAAUUCGUGUGCUCCGUUUUCUUUUUGGAUGUUCAUUCCUUGAUAAUUUCGGCGAAUAACUAAGUUGCCAUGUGGAAUUUGUGUUCUUGGGUUUAACUUGAGUUACCUGGUGUAGCAACAUGAAAAACCACUAUAUUUUUGAACCAAUUGCACCAAAUAUGAGAUCACCGUAUCGGUUUGGUUGAA